AUGCUCCUCUCCAACAUCACACAGUCUAUGACAGGAGGAGUGCCUCUCUCGGUGAACUUCGACAGUCCUGAGGACUAUUUCGUCUUUAUUUUCCAGAUUCUAUUCGCUACAACUACUGUUCUCGUAGCCGGAACAGUAGUUGUGGGCAUCUUGUCCACCAGAGCGCUCCGAAUUCAAAACAGGUUUAUUUUCAUGCUGAACACCAGUAUUUGUGAUACGCUCGUUGGGUUUUCAGUGUAUUAUCUCGGUCUGUUUGAUGUUCAGGAGGGAUAUCCGUCUAGAAAUGGAACUUAUAAUGUACUACCGUCACUUCUAGGGGUCAAUAUACUGACAUUUUUGUUCGCACAAUUUGACCGCUAUUUUGCUGUGUGCCACCCUUUCAUCUACAGCCGCUUCAUAACGAGACCGUUUGUGAUAGGUGUGAACCUCUACUGUUGGGUUUACAACGCUGCUCACUUGCUCGCCAGGAAUGUGUUGCCACUUUCCAAAGCCAUCCAGCUGUAUGUAUUCAGCAUAGUAUUUUUUCAGCUAAUUGUGCUCACCAAAGUGGUCAUGACUAUCAAACUGUAUGUUAUUGCCAGAUUCCAGGUAGAGAGAGACCCCCCCAGCGCCGAGAAAGAAAACAAAAAGGAGUCCUUGAGAAUCAUCAUUUUUGUUGUCAUAAGCUUCUUGGUGUUGUGGAGCCCGUCUUUUGUUAAUAUCAUCAUCAGAUUUGUGUUAGGCAGAGGGCUGACAUUCGGGAACGAGGCCACCAAUCUUUUCGCUAUCAUGGCUCGUUUCAACGCCGUGUGCACACCGGCGGUGUACUUGUGGGGGAGUCCGGCUCUGAGGGACGCCACGAUGAGGACAUUGUGGGGCAGACUCUGCACAAGGUGCAAGAAGAGGUAA